AUGGAUAUUGUUAGAGAUAAACCAUAUAGCUAUGCAUCGUCAAAUAGAAAAAAUUUACAAUGGGUAGUUGAAACAUUCUCAGAUUGUAGUCUGAUUAAAAUUAUUGUAAAUACUAUAUAUAAUUCAUGUUGCAUUAACAGCUUCAAUGAAGAAAAAGGCAAGAGUCGGCGUGGACAUAUGGAAUAUGGGUGUGGUGAAGCUGGAAAAUUUUUUGAAGGCAUCAAUAACACAAAGAUCAUUAAAGAAAAGAGUUUGGAAAUACCCAAAAUGCUUAAAGAUAUGUUCAAUGACCUUUGUGAAACUAUGAAAAUGGGAAGAAUAAAAUCAGAAAGCUAG